UUUCCGCCUAAAUGUAGUUUACUUGCAAUUUAGAGAGUAAUAAUACUACUUACUAUACGAACGAUGUCAUUAUCAACCAACAGAGGCUAUCUAAAAAAAAGUAAAAUAUCAAACUCAUGUUCUAAAGCUGCUUCUAUGGAAAUUCCGAUAUUCUUACAGUACUUGAAGACUGCACUGUUAUUUUUUUGCGUAUGAGGUCUUAUUGGGCAAACGAUGAAGAAAACAUGGCAAUGUUGUGAGUUUGGAGACGAUGCAAACCUUUCUGCAGACAGUGCAGUAGGACACCCGCCUUUAUAACAGCUGUUCAUGUCCUCAGGCUGAUGCAUUUAAACGAUGCGAGCUGGUGUGUCUGUAUCCCGCAUGUAAUGUGUGAUGAGAAAGAAGGUCUUGAGCCGAGACGUCGAGAAUAACGGGACAAAUCUGACAGACGGAUCGACCACUGGACCUGCUGACCACACAUGUCGUGUCACAGACGAGUCUUGUAAGGUAGGAUAGGAGAGCUAUUGUCAAGGCUAGUUGUUGCAGGGGGCUUGGAUAAACAGUAAGUGGAAGGCAGGUGGGCCAGAGAUGGGAAAUGACACCGCGGUCCUCGAAAUUCAUCCGCUUGAACGAAGGAGGAGGAUAGCCCUCCAUGCAGACUCUCCUCGGUGAGAACAUUGUGUCUGCUAAACGCUGUUUUAACACUACGCUUCAAACGUCCAUUAUACGGUGCAAACGAAGGCUCUGUUGACGCAAGAAGGCUUUUCUAAAAAAAAAAUUGUCCCAUCACUUUGCAGAAAUGUCCUUCACAAUGGAGGAUAAUUUGGAGUCGGGAUGGGUAGCUGUCCGCCCGAAUGCGUUCGAAGAGAAGGAAAGGCAUAAAUUUGUUUUCAUAGUCGCCUGGAAUGAGGUCGAGGGUAAAUUUGCCAUAACUUGCCACAACAGGACGGUGCAAAGGAGAAGUUUUGGCAGGGACCCUCUGUUUGAGGCGACCAUCCAGGAUGGGGACAAAACAAAAUGGCCCAAAAGUCCUGUCAGGGAUAAAGUAUCAAGGAGCCCCAGCAAGGGAGCCAGGGAGGCUGUGGGGAAAGGAUAUAGUUCUACAAACAAGCUCGUGAUAGAGACAAAACCAAGUCCUAUCAAAAUUCAACCUGUGCUUAAAUCUGCAGAAUCCCCUAUGAGUCCUGACACGGAUGUGAUGAAAUCACUAAGAGAGGACCCUCUGUCCUCCUCAUUGGACAGCUUGGACCUUGAGGAGCUGGACAGUCUGAGCAGGGAGGACUGCAGCUGGGCCGGACUCUUCUCCUUCCAGGACUUCCGGGCCAUCCACCAGCAACUGUGCAUGGUGAACUCUGACCUGGAGCCCUGCCUCCCGGUGUUUCCCGAGGAACCAGGCGGGAUGUGGACAGUGCUGUUCGGUUCGGCGGAGGUACCCGAGACUGAAAUGGAUGAGCUUUGCCACAGUUUACAGAUGUACCUGGGCCACGCGCUCGAUACGUGUGGAUGGAAGAUCCUGUCGCAGGUUCUGUUCACGGAAAACGACGACCCCGACGAGUACUAUGAGAGCCUGAGCGAGCUGAGGCAGUCCGGGUAUGAGGAGUCCCUGAACCGUGCAACAAAACAUCUGCAAGAGCUGCAGGAGAAGCACAAGACCAUUGAAAGUAUGGUAGACCUGUUGGAGCUGUAUGAGGAGGAAGAUCACGCGUACGGAGGCUUGCUGGAGGCCUCCACACAGCUGUACCAGUACCUGCUGCAGCCCUUCAGGGACAUGAGGGAACUAGCAAUGCUACGCCGGCAGCAAAUCAAGAUUUCCAUGGAGAACGAUUACUUGGGUCCAAGGCGGAUUGAAGCUCUGAAAAAGGAGGACUUUGAUUGGCAGAAGAAAGCUCAGGGGGCAGUUCUCAACAUCCAGGAGUUCACUGUAAAAUACUUUGAGAUAACUGCGAGAGCCCAGAAAGGGGUGUAUGAGCGGAUGAAGGUGGACCAGCGUAAGUUUGGCAAAUCUUCAUGGACUGCAGCGGUGGAGCGCAUGGAGAGACUUCGCUACUCUGUCGCCAAAGAAACUCUGCAGCUCCAGAGGGCCAGGGAGAUCUGUCUGGAGCAGAGGAAACACACACUUCGAGAGGAGAUGCAGAGUUUGUGUAGCAGUGAGGAUGCCAUGGUUCUCUUGGACCACAUGGAGUCACAGUACUACGAGCUCCAACUUCAACUGUACGACAUACAUGCGGAGAUACUACAAUGUGAAGAGCUGCUCCUCACUGCUCAACUAGACAGCAUUCGCAGACAGAUGACAGAGCGUCAGGAUGAAGUGGUGUACUAUGACACCUAUGAAAGUGCAGAUGAUAUAACAGAGAAUGACACUGCAGAGAGAGAAGAGCUGCGCAGACUUCAGGUCAGCGCUCGACAGCUGGAGGCAAGGAGGGGGCGCAUCUCUGCCAAGCGCUCCUAUCUCAGGAACAAGAGGGAGAUCUGUGUAUCGAGUCACACUCAGAAACAGCAGAAACGUCAAGCCACGCACAAGGACUCUAUAUCCCACAAGUUGAAAAGUGAAGAUGAAGAUGAGGCGAUGAGGAACAGCAGAGUCAGUCAGGAGAGACAGAAAACACUGGACAGACUGCGCACUUUCAAGCAGAGGUACCCAGGUCAGGUGAUUCUGAAAUCCACUCGACUGCGCGUGUCUCACAACAGGAGAAGAGAGCGCGGAAGAGGCACGGAAUUGAGUAGCUUGAGUGAGAGGGAGGAGCAUGUAGAGAUGCACUGCCAGCCGCUGUGUCUCAGCACCAGUGUACAGACGGACCCCAGCCCAACCCUGGCGCUCACUACUCAGCCUGUCACAGCUCUCACAGCAUCCCUCCCUCCACUGCCUGUGCCCAGUCCUGCUGACUCCUCCUGCUCUCCCUGCUCACUGUCCUCAUUACUGGCAUCCCCCAUCUCCCCUCCUCCUCCCCCUCCCCCUCCUCCACCUUUGCCAACGAAGGAGGAGUUGUCCCCCUCUGUGAGCCCAGGUCGGCAUGGGCAGAAGGUGGAGGGGAAGAGUGCAGCAGAGAAGGAGCUCUCCCUCUCUCCGCUUGGCCCGUUUAUCCCUCGCUUCUUUGACAGCAGCCAACUAGUUAGUGCCAGAAAAAAGCUGAGGAAGACUCCAGAGUUUGACUCCCACAGCAGAAGAGUGAGUACUCCCAUGGACGAGGUGUUGGCCUCCCUGAAGAGAGGCAGUUUCCACCUGAGGAAGGUCGAUCAGCGGUCCCUGCUUCCCACCAAGGAUGACGAAGACCCCAACAGCAUCCUGGUUCAGAUUCGCAAGGGAGUCGCACUGAAGCGUGUCCCUAGAAAAGAGAGAAAGGACCAGGGAGAGCUCCCGGCCUCCACAGACCCCCUGACCAGGAGCAUCCAUGAGGCCCUGCGCCGAAUCAAAGAGGCCUCACCAGAUUCUGACUCAGACGAUGACGGGCUGGCCGGCCCUGACUGGGAAAGCUAGGUUCAUGGAUAAGACACAAAAACACCUGCACAGAUGCCUGCACCUUCUGGCACUGCACACACUGUACUGCACUGUACUGUGAACACAUGCACACACAUAACACACACGCACACACACAAAACAGUUACUCCAUCAUUCACACUCAAGUACAAACAGCCCAGUCACACAUGUACCCAGUGACUUGAGUAGGGCCUGAAUCAUACGGAGUAUCACCAAACUCACCAAAUGCUCCAAAGGUCUAAGGUUAACCUGUUCAUUUUCUGUAUAUUCCACACUACAUUCUCCAUCAUAAAGGACAUCAUGUGUCUUACAUCAUAUAAACAUUUAUGUGGUUUUAUUCAUGUAAUCAGAUCGUUAUAAUGCCAUGCUUGUUUCAAUUGUAUUUCACUUGUACUAAAAGCUCGACACUGGCCCUUAGUGGAUUUCUAAGCAGAAACGUAACACUCAUUAUUGUAUGACACUAAAAACCUCAUGUUCAUAACUUCGGGUAUUGUGGAAGAUUAAAAUGAAAAAGACGAUGAGAUUUUAGCUGGAUGUACAGGGCAGAGUUUAAACUAUUUCAGCACUAAACAUCCCCUUUGUACUCUAAGUGAGCCACACUUUGCUGCACGGCUGGCUUUGUUUUCAACACGUUUAGGGGUCUUAAGUGUCCAACAGGAUCAGAACCACUUUUCUCUAAUCUGACACUGUACAAAAACUGUCAAUUCUUUAGUCUGUCGCACCGGAUCUGUGCCCCCCUCCCCCCCCUAACUGCCUUAUGUUCUCUUCUGGCCUUCACUAGCCCUGACUCUCACCCCGUCUCUGGGUGAGGGAAUAUGUAUCACCCAUCUGUUUGACCAGAACAUAUGGCCAGGGUGCUAGGAGAUGUGAGGAGUCAUGAUAAGGUUAUUAUUUGAUUCCUUGGCUAACAAAUUGUCUUUAGAGGAGGCUGGUCACCUAGUGUAGGAGAGGAGAAGAUGAGGGUCAGUUGCAGAGCUGUAGAGCUUGUGCAGCGUGGUGGGGGUCACAGUUAGUGUCAGGACUCUCGUGGGCUUGGAUGGUGGGUGACUCCCAAUGUUCAUAUGUGGGAUAGUCACGGCAAUGUGGAACUGGUCACGCUAGUAUGAAUGAUGGAUUGUUUGUGGGAGGUUAAGAUACUCUCAGCGCCGCAGGGAGUCACUGUGGGCUGUUGAGCAGGAUGUCGUGAUUGAUGCGGUUUCUCCUCGUAUUUUAUUCACUUUCCCUCCUCUCCUCCAUCCUAAUUUUCUUUCUCAGCACCCAGUGGGCUGAGGCUCUCAGUGGGAGGCCUGUUACUCACAAUGCUCGGAGUGAAAACAGGCCCAUGCGCACAAGGACUCACGCCCUGAGCUCAACCAACAUGAUGGAAGAUUUUAGUGUCAAAUCUACAACCUCUUCUUAAGGGUUUGUUGUUGUUGUUUUUGGAAAUUGUUUCAGCACUUUCAUGGUUCAUUGUACAAACUCUGAAAAACUGUACAGACACUUUGUUUUGUUUUUCAGUCACUGUCACAAAAUAUAUACUGUAUCAGUCAUAAAUGGGAAAGUUUAAAAUCAAUGAAAAACAUGUUGAGUUGGACCUACAAAAUUGUGAUGGGAGGAGCAGUGUAAUGCUUAGCAGCACAUGUAUUAACGCAGACGAAGCUAAACGAUUCUAGUCUGGAACAGCCAUGGCAUGCACUCUGAAAGUUUGAGGCAAAGAUUGUUAAAACAUUUCUCUGGUUCUUUUGUUACGAGCCACUGACAGAUUCAUCAUGAAGCAGAAAAGAAAUGUAGAACGUACAGGCGGUGAAUAUAUUUCUCAUUUUACGGCUUGAACAUUGCUCAGAACUAAAGGGAGUUUAUUAUUUCCUUAUAGAGCAAACCUAAGGCACUUUUACACGUCUUCUGUCACUAUCACCACAAUGUUCUUCCAUUGUAUCCUCAUCAUUAGCAUGUAGCAUUAGAUAGAGAUCUAACCCCAACAACGACUCUUAACUUGAUCCUAACCCAGACCUCAGGUUUAUUAAAAACUGACCACGACAGAGUUUCCCCAAAAGAUGUAACUAUAAGCGUUUCAUUUUCCCCACAGAAAAAUUAUCAACAGUGUGUUGAGGACAUUUGGGAAAGAAGGUCGAGAAUCCCACAUUUUUGCAAUGAAUCAUCUUAUUAUCACCUGACUGACCUAAGAAAUACACUGUUAUGUGUUUUAACUUUGUUCCUUACCUUCAAUUAACCUAAACACAGUGGACAGAUAACUGUUUUUUCUACAUUGCUUUUCAUUGCCUUGUUUUUUUCCCCCUUGUUUAUUCUCCAAAGCAUUUCCAGGCAAAUCAUUUUGUGAUGUGUAUGCUUCUAAACAUGAACCAUGUGGAACAGUUGUUCACGCAGGCCGACUGUAUGACCUGCUGUCUGAAUAAGUCAGUCAGUCAGUGGAGAAGUGCAAUAUCAAUAUACAAAAAGAGAAAACAAGUAAUUGGGUGAUACGUUUAAAUCUUAGUAUUUACAGUCUAUGGUUUAAAUUGAUUGCCUGUGAAGUACUUAUAAUACAUUGCAGUUGAUUUUACAUGGUGGUGUAUAGACAAACCGUCCAAAAAAAUACCUUUUUUGCCUUUAGCACUUCCAAUUUCAUUUAUUCAGACCUUUUUUUUUUAUUUACAACCCCUGUGUUUGAAUAAAACCUUGUGAAGCAACUUC